AUGAGGCAAUGGACUGAUAGUUGUAGCGACACCACUGCUCCAAGCUUAACUCUUCUUUUCUAUUUUCUCGCUCGCUAUCCCAUGCAUAUUGAGAAGAUAUAUGAAGAGAUCCGCGAGGUCGACAGAGAGAACGCAGCAGCCUUGGCCACCUUGCCACAUUUGACAGGGACUAUCAACGAAGCAAUGCGAUUGCUUCCAGCAGUACUGACCUUCAGCUCUCGAGUAACUCCACCAGAAGGACUAAUGAUAGAUGGCACGUUUAUCCCGGGGAAUACUAAGAUAUGCGCACCACGCUACACAAUCGGUCGACGUGAGAAACCCCCUAUCGUUGCUUCGUUCAGAAAUACUGAAUUUGAAUUUCAAGUUGAGACAGCAUAUGUCUACCCCCAUGAGUUCAUUCCCGAGCGGUGGUACAGCCAACCGGAGCUGAUCAAGGAUAAAAGGGCAUUUGCUCCUUUUGGUGUUGGGCGUACGAGCUGUGUUGGCCGUCAUUUAGCUCUUGCACAAAUCCGACUCGUGACUGCUGCCUUGGUGUUCCAUUAUCGGAUAAAAUUUGCAUCUGGUGAAAAUAAUGGCGAGGCUGUGGAACGGGAUAUGAAGGACCAGUUGACCGCGCAGCCUGGUGCUUGUCGUCUUGUGUUUCAAAGUCGGCUAUAG